AUGACUGUUCUUCGUAACUCUUGGUUCUUUUUCCUCCUUUGUGCUGGAACCAUCCUAACUCGAGCCAUGGCCGAUCCAGCUGACAGAGCUGAAGUUGCUAUUGAGAAAGCCGGUGAUGCCGCCCACGAAGCUAAGGAAGCAGCUUCUGAGCGAGCUCAAGAAGCAAAAGAAGAUGCAGAUGAAGCUGCUGGGAAAGCGAAAGGUUGGCUAGGAUCGGCAGUCGACAGCGUGAAAGAGGGCCUAUCGUCGAUUGGAGAAAGCAUUUCCAAUGCAGCAAGCGGAGCCAAAGAAGACGCAAAAGAGGGAGCAUCAGCAGCUUCCGAUGCAGCCGGUGACGCAGCGUCCAAAAUGCGCCAUGGAGCUUCUCGAGCUGGACAACAUAUCGGCGACACUGCUUCCGACCUCAAGCAUAAGGCACAGGCCGCCGGAGAAGACAUUAGCGACUAA